GGGGGUUUGGAAAAAUGACUCAGUAAGUUCAGCGCGCCCGCUCCGGCCGGCCCUGCGCCUCCCGCCGCGCCCGGGAUGUAUUCGUCCCCGCUCUGCCUGACCCAGGAUGAGUUCCACCCGUUCAUCGAGGCGCUGCUGCCCCACGUGCGCGCCUUCGCCUACACCUGGUUCAACCUGCAGGCGCGGAAGCGCAAGUACUUCAAGAAGCACGAGAAGCGCAUGUCGAAGGACGAGGAGCGCGCCGUGAAGGACGAGCUGCUGGGCGAGAAGGCCGAGGUGAAGCAGAAGUGGGCGUCCCGGCUGCUGGCCAAGCUGCGCAAAGACAUCCGGCCCGAGUGCCGCGAGGACUUCGUGCUGGCCAUCACCGGCAAGAAGGCGCCGGGCUGCGUGCUCUCCAACCCCGACCAAAAGGGCAAGAUGCGCCGCAUCGACUGCCUGCGCCAGGCCGACAAGGUGUGGCGGCUGGACCUGGUCAUGGUCAUCCUCUUCAAGGGCAUCCCGCUGGAGAGCACCGACGGCGAGCGCCUGGUCAAGGCGGCGCAAUGCGGUCACCCGGUGCUCUGCGUGCAGCCGCAUCACAUCGGCGUGGCGGUCAAGGAGCUCGACCUCUACCUGGCCUACUUCGUGCGCGAGCGAGAUGCGGAGCAGAGCGGCAGUCCCCGGGCAGGGAUGGGCUCCGACCAGGAGGACAGCAAGCCUAUCACACUGGACACCACGGAUUUCCAGGAGAGCUUCGUCACCUCCGGUGUGUUCAGUGUCACCGAGCUCAUCCAAGUGUCCCGGACCCCCGUGGUGACUGGAACAGGACCCAACUUCUCCCUGGGGGAGCUGCAGGGACACCUGGCCUACGACCUGAAUCCGGCCAGCACAGGCAUGAGAAGAACGCUACCCAGCACUUCCUCCAGCGGGAGCAAGCGGCACAAAUCGGGCUCGAUGGAGGAAGACGUGGACACGAGCCCCGGCGGCGACUACUACACCUCGCCCAGCUCUCCCACGAGUAGCAGCCGCAACUGGACUGAAGACAUGGAAGGAGGCAUCUCGUCCCCGGUGAAGAAGACAGAGAUGGACAAGUCCCCGUUCCACAGCCCGUCACCCCAGGACUCACCUCGCCUCUCCAGCUUCACCCAGCACCACCGGCCUGUCAUUGCCGUGCACAGCGGGAUCGCCCGGAGCCCUCACCCAUCCUCGGCCCUACACUUCCCCACGACCUCCAUCCUGCCCCAGACGGCCUCCACCUACUUCCCGCACACGGCCAUCCGCUACCCACCUCACCUCAACCCCCAGGACCCGCUCAAAGAUCUCGUGUCGCUGGCCUGUGACCCAGCCAGCCAGCAGCCUGGACCGUUAAAUGGAAGUGGUCAGCUCAAAAUGUCCAGUCACUGCCUUUCUGCUCAGAUGCUGGCACCCCCGCCCCCUGGGCUGCCGCGGCUGGCGCUCCCCCCCGCCACCAAACCCACCUCCGAGGGAGGAAGCACGUCGCCGACCUCGCCCUCCUACUCUACGCCCGGCACGUCCCCUGCAAACCGUUCCUUUGUGGGAUUAGGACCAAGGGAUCCAGCGGGCAUUUAUCAGGCACAGUCCUGGUAUCUGGGAUAAGAAAGAUUUCUUCCCACGCCCUGCUCCUUCGUCGCGGGAAUCCCAGGGGGCCGCACUGUCGGCCCCUGGCCCACGUUUUCAGUGGAAAGUUAGAGCGAGCAAGAACACCCCGCCGACUCCCAGCCUGGCCGAAAAGACAGAACAGACAUAUAUACACAGGAGGGAAACAAGCAAAAAGAAAAAAAAAGGCAAAAAAAAAAGACAAACGGAAAAAAAACACCAUAAAAAUAAACCCACCCAUCCAAGAAGACAAAAGGUAAAGACAGCAGCCCCUCAAAACUCUCGGGACGCCGCGGCCGGACCGGAGGGCCAGGCCCUGCCGCCGCUCGGACGCAGCCUGCGCAGGGCACCCUCCGCAGGGACUCAUCUCUGGCUGCUGGUCUCCAAGGGCAGGCGCCCGCUCCCCGCCUCCGCCCAGGACCAGGUGAGCGCGGACCGGUGCCCCUGCCCAGGCCCCACGGGGCGGGACACCCGGCAAGGCCACCUCUCCCCGUGCCCCCACUGCCGGGAUGUCAGCCAGGCCUCCGCCACCGUGUCUGCCGAGUGGGGAGGUGGGCGCCAUGGGGAUGCUGGGGCGCGGGGGGGGGGGCCGGCAAGGACCCCAGCGGCGGGCAGUGGAGGCCCAGGUGGGCAGGGAAGCGACAAGGGCAGAAGAGGGUUGUGGGGAGACCCUGGGUGUCGCCAGGGGACUGGGAUGCGUGGCAGAAACUUUGUCAGGAGCGUCCUGCUGCCGUGGGACCUCCGCCUGCCCCACGGUGUGCGUGCGUGCUCGGCCGGGCUUGCUCGGGACUUGGUCUUGCAGCCCCGUGCCUGCCCUGUUUGGGAGGAGAAGUCUCUAUGCAAUUGACCCCAGCUCCACCCCACAGCAUAGGAGGCCACCCCACCCCGCACCCCACUGGCCCUGCUCCACACCCCCCAGGGGAGGGACCCACGUUGCACACACUGUAAGAAAUGCACUUUCCGAGGAAGGGGCUGGGGGGAGUGGAGAGACUCAGAGCUCCCCAGGAGGGGACACCCUGUCCGGAGCCUCCAUCCACCCGAGCCCUGGGAGGGGAGGACCCCCCGCUUAGCCCACGGAGGGGGGAGGUGAGAGCGAGUGGUUUAAGUGCCUGAUUCCCACCACCCGCCCCCCUUUGUCCCGCUGGAAUGGGAAGUGGCCGCGGGCCCCUUCCAUUCCCUCCCCCAACCCGGCCACCUCCAGUCGCUGACCCUCAUUACUGUGCUCCCCUCAGAGCUGGAGAGAUGGGACCCCCCUACAGUUGGCCCAAGGGGCAGAGCUGGGCAUCCCUCAAGCCCUGCUGCGCUCGGGCACGGGGGUGGGGUCUGGGGAAGCCAGCAGGCCCUCCCUCGCCUCCUCUGCCAGUGCCUUACAUCCUGGAGCGACACCCCCUCCCUGGUGCCUCCCAGCCCAAAGGGGGGCCACGGUUUGCACUUUCAUCUUCCCCCGCCGAAGUGGGGCACAGCCGGGCAGGUGCAUCACAGCUGGGCCCCCACAAGGAAAGAAGGCCGGGCAACUGCAGUCCGUACAAGCCUGGAUGGGGUUGGAGGGUUCUGGCUGGGGGAGGGUGGGGUCAGCGCCUGGGGGGGGGGGUCCCCUGUCGCCAUGUGGGGGAUCUCCCAUCUGCUAAACGUUUUCCGUUGAGCCGCUCCAAAAACACUAAGCUGGGGACACCGGGUGCCCCCCAACCCCGGCUCCCUGGCCCCAUCCCCACCCCCACCCCAGGAUGGCCAUCUUGGGUGGGGGGCCUGGGAGGGGGGAUCCCCUCCCAUCCCAUCCAUCUGAGUCCCAGCCGGCCUUCUCCAUGCCUGGCCCUGGGGAAGACCUUCCCCACCAAGAGCCCCCACCCCCUGGCCAAAGCCAUCACCCUGGGCUGGGCCUCCGCCUCAUCUGCUCCCAAACCUGGCCCUCCUGGCCCUCUCCUGGUACCCCAGGCCUGGCCAGCCUCCUCCCACCUCCCCAGAAACUGGACUUUCCUCCCAAACCAUCCCAAGGGGCUUGGCAAACUCAACCAUAAGAGAAAGACCCUUCCCCACCAACCCCCCUCCCAUUGUCCAGAGGCAUUCAAAAACCCUUGGUCCGUCCGUCUGUCCCCAGGGCCCCCUCCACUGGGUGGCUGUUGGGGACCAAAGCAUGGGCCGCUCUCCGGGAGGGCAGGAGGGGGUGGGUCGUGCAGUUGGGGUAUCCGGAAGCUUCUCAGCCGGGAACCUUAGGGUGCGGGCAGGCGGGGUAGGGGAGGGGCACCUGGCGGCCCCCAGCUACCUAACUUUGCAUGGUGCUUAGUCGGGGAUUCCUGUGACCUGGCUCCUGAUGUCAGCUCGCCGCAGCUGAUACUGCAUGGCAAAUUAUACCUGGCUCUAUCUCCCUCCCCCAGCCCUCCCCCAGCCCUCUGACACUACCCGCUCCUCUUUAAAAAAAAAAAAAAAAAAAAAAAAAAAAGAAAAAAAAAAAAACCUUAAAAAAACUCCAUGUUUCCUAAUUUGCACGAAAUUUUCUACCACAUGAUGUGCCUUGCCUUCCGAAAAUAAGUAUUACCUUUAAACAAUAUCAGCGCACACAGCUGCAUGCACUGCUCGUGUAGUUAAAAAAAAAAAAACAAAAAGACAAAACAAUGACAUGAAAUAAAAAAUAAAAAUUGAAGAGGGAUGUAUUUCUAUUUGUAAAAAAAUAAAAAAUAAAAAAAUAAGAAUUAAAAAAAAAAAGGAAAAUCCCGUGCUUAGAAAAGCAAUCCACAGAACAAUCGCCCCAUGGUCUGCCCCCCACCCCCAGCUCUGUCUCCACAGCUCUGCUGCAGUGGGGGUGCGCCCUGGUGCUCUGCCAUCCCCAGCCCCACCCCUGGGCUCCAGAGGAGUCCCUUCCGAGGCCCCCGCCCACAGCAGGGGACAGACCUCAGGGGUGAGCCCUGGCCCCAUGGGGUGGCCAUCCUGCCUCCAGCCAGACUCCCCCAUGCCACCUUUCCUGCAGGCUGACGUCCCCCUGGCUCAGGGUCACAUUGCCGCCCCCCAGGCUCCCCUCCUUUCCCCAGGCCCCCCUUCCUUCUUGCCAAAGGACUCGCCGGGCACCCCCCCCUCCUUGGAGACCCGCCUGGGGCGGCGCUCCCCUCCUGCCCCCAGCACCCACUUCUGUCUUCCAGCUGUGACUGGGGGGGGUUAUCUGGGAUGAAACAGCAAACAGAAGCCAAACCCAAUAUAUGCAAUAUCUGUCUGUCUGUCCCUAUAGACCUAGCUCAGCCACCGCAGGCCCAGCCAGGGGCCCGCAGGCGCGGGGUUUGGCCCCUGGGCAGGGGCCUCCGUCCGGUGGCUGCUCCCAAACUGUUGUCUUGUCCUCGAUUUCACGCUCGUCCUCUUAACCUUUUGCUUCCUUUCUGUUUUUUCCUUUCUUUGUUGUUGGGUUUGUUGUUUUUUUUUUUUCUCUCUUCCAAUUUCCUUUGCUUUUUACUCGACCAAAGCUGAGACAGUAGCAGCCGGUUAGUGGGGUGUCCGAGGGCUGGGUCCAUCCAGCUCCUGCUCCCCACGCAUCUCCUGUGGCGGGCAGAUGGUCGCCCCCCAGAGCAGGGAGGGGCCCCGCGGGCAGCCUGGCUUCCAUCCACCAGCACACAUUCCCAUGUCUUCUUUUGAAAAAGAGGUCUCCGCAAGCCCCGGGGGGCAGAUCCCGCUCUCAGCGCCCGCCCCUAAGAACUGUCCUUUGGUCCGAGAGCUCAAGGUCCUGCAUGUCAUGUUUCAUGCGGCAGGUUUCUGGGUUUUAUUCUCUUCCCCCCAGAAUUGGGGAGCAGACACCCAGGGAGGGGGGAGCAUCCCGCCCGGGACCCCUCCCCAAGGACUUCGUGGGGACCACGUUGUCCCUCCGCAGCCCACCCCCAGCUGUGUGCCCCGCUGAGUAGGUGGUGCCGCCCUGGGCCUGUGUGCCCCCCCCGCCCCCCAGGAAAGGCUGCAGGCAGAAUAAGGCGGAAACACCAGGACCCAGACCCCUUUCCCCCUUCCCCAGCUCCGCAGUUCGGGUUGGUGCUCCAGGCACGGGGCAGGGCGCACAGGGCGCUGUGUUGUUUCUUACAUGUGUGAGACUAACAUGUUCUCAAACCCCAUCCCCUCCCACGCCUGCUGCCCCCCACCACCCACGGGAGGCCCCCCACCCACCUGACCCUGGGGUCCAGCUCUGCUGCGGAACAGAACAGAGAGGCCUCCCAGAUAUAUGCAAGUUGUCCUCACGCCUCUCUGGGAUGAGAGCAUGCGAUCCUGACCAGAGUGGAAAAGGAGGUGUGGAGGGGCGGGAAGACCCGGCCCUGUCUGACUGAGGAGAAGGGGGUCAGGGGGCCCCCAGGCCUGGGUCCGCCACCCGGGCUCCUGCCGAGUUCUGAACCCAGACCCCGGCCCCCCACCCUGAGCUAGACAAUCAGACCCAAGAGGAACCCCGAAGGAGACGUGCGGGGCUGUCUGCACCCCCCAGGCAGCAGACAAUUCCAGCCUCAGCCCCACACACCCUCGUCUCUGCUCUGGAACCCUCUAUCUGUCCCCGGGGCCGGCAGCCAGUUAGGCGGGAGCCUGGCGCUAGGAGCAGCUCCGCGCUCCGCGAUGUCGCUCGCGGGCCCUCUCCCCCCUCCGGCUUCUCCCGCGGUACUUUGAGCUCCAGUGCAGGGCUAUACUAUACACACACACACAUAUGUAUAAAUAUAUAUAAUUUUGGAGUUUUUUCUCAUAAUACAGGUUAUACAGGGGCUACUUUUUGUUUUGACCCGGAUUCCCUGAGACCCUGGUUUCUACUUUUCUUUGCGGAGGGUGUUGGUAGAGAGGUCCCAGAGAUCCGUCCUCACAUCCAGCUUCCUCCGCACGCCCCCAUAUUUCCCCGUUUCUGCCCCUCUGGGCACGUGAGAGUCCCACCUCUGAACUGACCCGGCCUCCCCCGUCGGGCUGUCCCCGCGCUGGCACCCCCCCACCCCCCGCAUCCCCCAGGCGAGGCAGGGAGCCAGACCCAAAGCCGUACCAGUGGGACUUGUUGCCAGCGAUACCAAAACAAGACUUUUCCCAAGCAGUGCCUCACUUGUCUGCUGGUGUGGCUUUGGGGUUCUCCUCCCCUGUUCCCCAGGGCCCCCCUCCCAGGCCUCAGGAAGGAGGAGGUGGGAUCCAACAGGAGUCAGGGCCAGACAGGAAGGAAGUCACGCACCCCCGAGCUACUGCCCUCCCCACAGCCCUCCAUUCACACCUCCUGGCUAGAAGGGGACCCCCGGGAAGGGGACGGGAGCUGUCCCAGCCCCCUCCCGUGGGAACCCCCAAAAUCUACUCCCCAAAUGCAUCAACGCCCCAUCCUCCCAUCUUGGGUCCCAGCCAGGCCUCCAAAACCAAAGUCCCUUCAGAUUCGGGGGUCUUGGCCUCUGCCCCCAGCUUCCUGCCCUCCCACCCCCCAGGACCCCACAGGGGGGAAGACGAGAGAGUCUGAGGGACAGAGCGCACAGCGCAGGGGGAAGGACAGAGACCCACCUGACUGAGUUUCCUUUCUCUUUCCUUUUCUUUCCUUCCUUCCUUCCUUUCGCUCUUUGAAAAACUUUUUGGUGGUGUUGCUCUUCGUUUUCAUUCUUUUCCCUCCAAGAUAUUUUUUGAGGUUCCCCCCCAUUUUGUAUUUUACUGAUAUUACCAGGAUAGUUUACUCUGUCUCUCGCUUCCUGCUUGCCACACACACCGGAUCACACACACACACACACACACACACACACACACACACACACACACACACACACACACACACACACACACACACACACCCCAUGCUCGUGAACCCAGGUCAGGAGAAGGUCCGAGCUGGGUCUGCUGCCCACCGCCCCCUUCCCUCCGGGCCGGGGGCUGGGGGGACGCCUGGCAGACCAGCCGGACCCCUCCCUUGCCCGGCUCGCCCGCCUGCCCCCCUCACAGCAUACUCUGGUCAUAACCUUGUAUAUUACGCAGUCAUUUCGGUUUUUGCAGACGCGCCUACCUAAGUACCAUUUACAGAAAGUGACUCUGGCUGUUACUAUUUUGUUUGUUUGUUUCCCUAUGCAAAAAAAAAAAAAAGAAACAAGGGGGGGUUCCAUAAAAGAUUCAAUAAAAAGCAAAAAAAAAAAAAAGACAAAAGAAGGAAGAAAAAAUGUAUAAAAUAAACAAGCUAUGCUUCGACUCU